UGAAGACGUCUCAUCUCCCUAUCGACUGUCUUGGCAGCAUCAGCGGGGAGUUUAGCGUUGGAUAGUUUGCGCUUCAAUUCAUCAAGCUCAUUGGACUCCUGGUCAUCGUUUUGGUUCAUGUCCACCUUGGCAUCUGUCCAUUGGGCGGAACAAAUGCCAUACCAGGGAUUUGUGGUAGCGAACCUGGCUUGCGGUUUUGGUUGGUUUCGUUCAAUCGAUCCAAGAUCUGGACGGGCAUAGUAGUGAAGGUCGUGAUCUUAAAAUUGUUCUUGAUACCGCCAACCUGACGCUCCAGUAACUCAAUGACCUUGGUCAGGCGCACCUUGACAUCCAGAGCAGCAAGGACCUCGAGUUUCUCCUCAUGUGUGCUCUCAACCAAAUUAGCCAUAAAGUCGGCAAGUAGACCAGCCUCGUUGAGCUCUUUCCUCAUGAUUAGCAUUUCAAGUCGCCUUGUAAGGACUGGUGAAAGAACCGGGCCAUCGCGGGUUCGAGGAAGCAAGGAGGAAAUCCUGAGGAUCGUGACGAGUUCUCGAGAACGGGUUUUUAGGAGAGCAAACAGGUCUUGCGUCUGUUUGUCGGUAGCAUUGUCUGGAACAACAGUCAACUACAGGUGAUGGGCAAGCGGUUACAUGGAAUAGCCUACAGUCUUCGUGGAAAUAUGUCACCUUGGCUUCGAAAUAGGGGCGUUCGCGGGUGAAGGAGUCAAUCCGGACACGGGUUGUGCCUUCGACGCGCAGCGCAAACUCGCCUGUUCCUCUCCCAUCAAUGCCAAUGAUCUUGGCGGCAACACCAAAUGUGAACAGGUCAUUCUUCUUAGCGGAGCCGGGAAGGACGUUCUCGAUCUCAGCGGGGUCUAUAUCUUCAGCAUCGCCAAUGAGUCGCUGGCCAUUGCCACUGAUCAGAGGGGACGAAAUUGGGACGCAUGCGAUGGGAAUACUGUCGAUACGCGUAUCAGGGCCCUUUGUAGCAGCCUGCUCGUAAACAUGGGCGAGCAGAGCAGGAAUAUCGGGACGGUUCGAAGAUACUGGGAUUCGCUGGACGAGGCCGGGAAGAAGGAUGGUGCCUCGCGCGAGCGGUAUCAGGGGCAGAUUCGCGGUCUGUGGCUUUGCCAUGAUGCCACUGGUGGUUGAUUAUACAAAGUUUAGAACGAGACGAAGCAAAC